ACAUUUCCUCAUUAAGAUUUUGCCUACUUCCCCCUCCCGGACUCAUGACUCUGAAGUCCCAAACUUCCUACUGAUCUCCUCCCUUCUUCCGCAGACGGCUAGGCUCCGGUCACCGCCUCAUUGGUAGCCACUCGCAAAGACUCCAGUCUCCAGACUCCGCUCUCCGUCCUGCAGGGCCACUGGGUACAGGACAUCUUUUAAUCACUCAUGGCGUCAAUUGGUCAACCACCAUCAUCAGUAAAGAAACGUGAUGCUCCAGCCACAAGAGAAGGGGACCAACUCAUCAUUACUCCGCUAGGUGCAGGCAAUGAAGUGGGGCGCUCUUGUGUUUAUAUGUCCUACAAGGGAAAGACUGUUUUGUUUGAUUGUGGUAUCCACCCUGCUUAUUCCGGCAUGUCCGCUUUGCCUUACUUUGAUGAGAUUGAUCCUUCAACAAUCGAUGUUCUUCUGGUGACACAUUUUCACUUAGAUCAUGCGGCAUCCCUUCCAUAUUUUUUAGAAAAGACAACAUUCAAAGGCAAAGUUUACAUGACUCAUGCAACUAAAGCUAUCUACAGAUUGCUUUUGUCUGAUUAUAUCAAAGUCAGCAAAAUUUCAGUUGAAGAUAUGUUGUUUGAUGAGCAAGAUAUUCUUCGCUCUAUGGACAGAAUUGAGGUUAUUGAUUUUCAUCAAACUUUGGAAGUAAAUGGAAUUCGUUUCUGGUGUUACACCGCUGGCCAUGUCCUUGGUGCAGCCAUGUUCAUGGUGGACAUUGCGGGAGUGAGAGUGCUUUAUACAGGUGACUAUUCACGUGAAGAAGAUAGACAUCUGCGUACUGCUGAGACUCCGCAGUUCUCUCCUGAUAUCUGUAUAAUUGAAUCCACUUAUGGUGUUCAGCUUCAUCAACCUAGGCACAUUAGAGAGAAACGUUUCACUGAUGUUAUACACUCAACCGUUGCCCAAGGGGGUCGUGUCCUUAUUCCAGCAUUUGCUCUUGGUCGAGCCCAAGAAUUAUUGUUAAUUCUUGACGAGUAUUGGGCGAAUCACCCUGAACUUCAUAACAUCCCCAUAUAUUAUGCUUCUCCUCUUGCCAAAAGAUGCAUGGCUGUCUAUCAGACCUACAUAAAUGCGAUGAAUGAUAGGAUUCGCAGCCAAUUUGCAAACUCAAACCCCUUUGACUUCAAGCACAUAUCUCCACUCAAGAGCAUCGAAAACUUUGAGGAUGUUGGUCCAUCUGUGGUGAUGGCCAGCCCUGGUGGGCUUCAAAGUGGGCUAUCGAGACAGCUAUUUGACGCGUGGUGUUCUGACAAGAAGAAUGCAUGUGUCAUUCCUGGGUAUGUUGUUGAAGGAACACUAGCGAAAACUAUCAUAAACGAACCAAAAGAAGUUACCCUUAUGAACGGUCUUGCAGCUCCUCUCAAUAUGCAGGUCCAUUACAUAUCCUUUUCUGCUCAUGCUGAUUUUGCCCAAACAAGUGCUUUCCUCAAGGAACUUAUGCCUCCCAACAUUAUACUUGUUCAUGGAGAAGCCAAUGAAAUGGGAAGACUGAAGCAGAAUCUAAUCAGCAUGUUCUCUGACGGGAACACUAAAAUUAUGUCUCCUAAGAACUGCCAGUCCGUUGAACUGCAUUUCAGUUCUGAAAAAAUGGCGAAAACCAUAGGAAGGCUUGCUGAAAAAACCCCAGAAGUCGGUGAAACCGUGAGUGGCUUAUUGGUGAAGAAAGGUUUCACUUACCAGAUCAUGGCCCCUGAAGAUCUUCAUGUAUUCUCUCAGCUAUGCACAGCUAACGUUAACCAACGGAUUACUAUUCCUUACUCAGGUGCUCUUGCUGUUUUGAAGCACCGACUCAAGCAGAUAUACGAGAGUGUUGAAUCUGGGGUCGAUGCAGAUUCCGACAUUCCAACUUUACGGGUACACGACUCGGUCACUAUAAAGCAAGAAUCAGAAAAGCAUAUAUCAUUACACUGGACUGCUGAUCCAAUCAGUGACAUGGUCUCGGAUUCUAUAGUGGCUAUGGUUCUGAAUAUGAACAAAGAGAUGUCCAAGAUUGUAGUAGAAUCAGAUUCGGAUUAUGUAAAAAGCGAAGAAGAAAAUCAGAAGAAGAUGGAGAAGGUUGUUAAUGCACUACUGGUGUCUUUGUUUGGAGACGUGAAGCUAGGCGAAGACGGGAGGUUGGUUAUCACCGUUGACAGCAAUGUAGCUUAUCUCGACAAAAAGAGUGGUGACGUGGAGAGUGAAAACGAAACUCUCAAGGAAAGAGUAAAAACAGCAUUUCGACGAAUAGAUACUUCUGUUAAGCCUAUUCCUCCACGUCCUGCAUAGUUUACUCUUUUUUUUCCUCCUUUUAUGGAAUGGCGUCUCGUAGAUCAACCAAGCUUUGCAGAUUGACUCUACUUAUUCUGCUAACACCCCUUUAGUUUUGUUGAUUAUAACUGAAUACAGGGUCGAGUUUUGUGGGCAGCUUGUAGUAUGUCUGUAUGUGAUCUUAAUGGUUAAUGUCCAUUGUUGUGCAUUUCUCUCUGCUAAUUAAACUUAAUAACUAUCAAGCCUUUAAAUUCUCGUCUUUUCUGGAUCUAAUUGAAAUUGAUGCAUCGUCAGAUUUUUUUUUUCAAA